AUGGCACACAAUGAUGAGCAAAAGAUAGCUGAGAUUCAAAGGGAUACCAGCGAGCAAAGUUUCGAAGCUUUUGGCCAUGACUACAUGCUUCUGUCAAUUCUCCUAAACCAUAAAGAGAAAUUGCCAGCUACUGCAAGCCAGGCAAAGAAUUUUAAUGAGGCUUCUAGUGCGGCCCGUUUUGCUAACAGAAAGAACCAGAUGAUCAACAAACAACCAGUUGAGCAUAUGAGAGGCCCAAAAAGAAAAGGCCGAACUUCCACUUCAGCCCAGCCCGGGUCCAAGAACAAAAUGUCGGCGAAUCCCGUCUGUUCUUCGACACAGACCAGCCCAACUUCUCAAACGGACUCCUUUACUAUUCAAGCCAGUCCAGCGAUGCCCAUUUCUGGUCAGCUCCCAAAGAAUUCCAGUUUUAAGCCCAUAGUAGUGCAUAUUGAAUAG